AUGGACAUUGAAUCCCCUUCGGGUUCACUUGAAAGAUUCAAGAUUUACGAUGAGCUGGAACUACUUGAGUUUCAGGACAAGUUCGUGAUCAAAUCCCACCAAUCCCCCAACCAGGGCUUCUGGAUUAACCGUCUCGAUGGCAACAUCAAUUUACUUGAUGAUGGUGGCACAUUCUCUGGAAGUCCACUGAAAACAUCUACAAUUUAUGGUGUGGUGGGAACCAUACGAUUGAUUGUAGAUGCUCUAGAUUGGAUGAUAUUAACAUCUAAUCCCUUCCUAAUAUUUCUUGAGGAUCCUUGUUUGGUUGAGAUGUUUGUUGGCCUGGAAAGAAAUAAAUCUAAUCCUGUUUGUACAUCAAUAUCUGAACAUAGAACGUAUGCUGUUGUAAUAACAUCUCGGAAGGAAGUUGGAAGUUUCCUUGGUUUUCCAGUAUAUCGUUUGAUGUCCAUGAGAAUACUUGCGUGUAAUGAUGCUUUGAGGUAUUCAACUGCUCAAGAAAAAAAGGAUGAGACUUACUUUGCUGACCCUCGAUUUGUCUGGAACAAACAUCUUUUGGAGGAGCUUAUUGAGUUUAAGAUGAAGCAUUUUGUUGGUUUAAGAAGCAAGUUAUGUUCUCCCUUAACUGGGCUUAAGCUUCCAAGCAGCACAGCUAAAGCUAAAAGAUUCAAAUGCUAUAGUAACAUUAUUUUCAAGGAGAUGUACACGACGUCUAGGUACAAUGUCCAAAAAGCUUCAUAA